UCGCGACAAUGUGGCGCCGACCGUCAUCGAAUGCACCGCUGCGCGGAGGCACACGUUGAGUCAGCUACGUGACGACCUGCUGGCGUGUGGAUAUUGCUGUUACUUCAACAGGUCGUAUAGAGUGUGCAGUGUUUCGUAUUCAUUGCGAGAUUAGUAUUUUUCUGUUAAAAUGUGUUUAAUAAAGUAUAAAAUCAAAUGUUCUGGGUACAGUGGUGGAAUGAACGUUGGAAUGACGUUUGUCGAGUAGAAGAAGGAAAAAAGCAAAAACUACCUUCGUUCUGUCAUCCUUCGCCAAAACAAAACGCAUCGCCGCAGUUCCGUAGGGUAAAAACACCAACAUAAAGCGUCCAGAAAGUUGGUUUUGUGAUAAAAGCGAACUUAUUAAACCACCAACACAAUGACGACCGCUGCCCGUCCAACAUUCGAUCCCGCGCGCGGUGGUAGUGGCCGUGGCGAGAAGGAUCUGAGCGCCCUUUCCAAACAGUACAGCAGUCGCGAUCUGCCCGGACACACAAAGCUAAAGUAUCGCGACCAGGGCCAGAGCACCAGCGAGGAGCUACGCAACCGUGAUUUCCGCGAGGAGCUCGAGAAACGGGAGCGCGAUAACAAGCAGGGCAAGGGAUCGGCCGCACCGACGGCCGCCCGCCGCGCUUUGGAGCAACAAGGUUCGGGCAGUGUGAGCGGUGGCAGCACCAAGCGACAGAAGCUAGAGGCACCACAGAACCUAGACGCAGACGAUCCGGUUGACAGUGAAAACUCGGACACGGAUUCGGAUGAGGACGAUACGGCGGCGCUGCUGGCCGAGUUGAACAAAAUCAAGCAAGAGCGUGCGGCCGAAACGGCGAAAAAGGAGCACAGCAAGCAGCAGGAAGAGGAACGCAUUCGGAUGGAAAACAUACUGUCGGGAAAUCCGCUGCUAAACUAUUCCUCCACUGCCAAAGCGGAAAUGAAGGUGAAACGCCGUUGGGAUGAUGAUGUGGUGUUUAAAAAUUGUGCCCGUUCCGAACCGGAGAAGAAGGCGAACCAGUUCGUAAAUGAUUCGUUACGGUCUGACUUUCACAAAAAGUUUAUGGAUAAAUAUAUUAAGUAAGGCGUAACAGUCGUCAAUAAAUAAGGUACCUUUCUUUCCUCCCCGUUUCUAUGGGUUUAUCUGUAAAA